AAUUUCUAAAUUGUUAUUAUAAAGUUGAUGUUGGUUGAGAAGUGAAUCCAGGGUUGGAAGGUUCAAUUCAACAAACAGAUGGCGAGCCUAAGAGUACGAUGCAUGCAGUGUGGAAGACCAAUUGUGGUGCCAAUGGAAGCUGCCUAUAGCAUGUCCAUUAUGUGUUAUGCAUGCCAAGCCCAAGCUCGGAAUGCACUUCCACAAAAUUAUCAUUUUGCCAACAACAAUAUCAAUAAUGCACCUAGUUACCCUCCUCGUCCUGGUUAUGCACGUAGGUCAUACAACCAAUUCUAUUAUCCUCAGCCUUUGCAACUGAUGGCUCCACCACCACCUCCUCCGUUGACCCCUUCUUCUUCCUUUGGCAACAAAAGGGCUGUGUUAGUUGGUAUUAGCUAUGGCAAUCUGAGUAACAGUCUCAAAGGUUCUGUCAAUGACGCUCAGAGCAUGAAAUACUUUCUCGUUAACAACUUGGAUUUCCCUACCGAUUCCAUUCGCAUCCUCACAGAUGACCCAGAGGAGAAAAACCCGCUGAGAAUUCCAACAAAAUAUAACAUGCGAAUGGCAUUGAGGUGGUUGGUCGAAGGUUGCAGAUCAGGGGACUCGUUGUUUUUUCACUUCUCUGGGCACGGAUCGAGGGAAGUAGAUAUGAACAUGGAUGAGGUUGAUGGAUAUGAUGAAGCAAUAUGCCCCGUUGAUUACGAGCACGAGGGAAAGAUAGUUGACGAUGAAAUCAACGCCACAAUCGUCAGGCCUCUCCCUCGUGGUGCCAAACUUCAUGCCCUUGUUGAUACCUGCUUUAGUGGCACAGUUCUUGAUUUACCAUUUAUGUGCAGAAUGAACAGAAAAGGUUAUUAUGGAUGGGAGGAUCACAGAAAUCCUAGAGCUUACAAAGGCACGAGAGGAGGGUUAGCAGUUUGCAUUUCAGCUUGUGAUGAUGAUGGAAAUGCAGCAGAUACAUCGGCCUUUAGCGGUGAGGAAAGUGCUGGUGCUUUGACUUUCAGUUUCAUCCGAGCCAUGCAAGAAGAACCUAAUUUGACUUAUGGCAACUUGCUUAAUUCCAUUCGCUCCACAAUCCGUGGGGCUAAAGAAAAAACGUUUGGCCCAAACGAUCAACAGCUUGGCAUGAACAGUCGCAUGCAGUAUGCUCAUGAGCCUCAACUCACGUCUUCUGAGAAGUUUGAUAUUUAUACAAAGUCAAUUGUUAUUUGACACAACUGGUAUUGCACUGAAAAAAGGGUAAAAAGAAACCAAGAGGGACACGUGAGGUUUUUUCUUAAUCGACAGACAAGUUUUUGUUAAUGACUUUUACAUCUCCCAACUAUUAAGGUUAUAUAUUAUGGCUUGUUUAGUUACAGAUUAAGGUUAUAGCUUGUUCUGCUUUAGUAUAUUAACAUGCUCGACACAAGGAUAGUGUUGUUGGAGGAAAGAAUAAUGCCAGGUUGGAAAGAGACAAAUAAAGGAAUGCUGAUUGCUAAGAGGUUUGGCUUUAAACAGGGGAACCAUUAUGGUAGUACUGUCAUACUCAUAAAAAUAAGAAAAAAAUGUUACCUCUCUCUGUCUCUGUCUCUGUCUCUGUGGCUUAUGAUGGAAACGUUUCAUGUGGUUACUUGAUGCUUUGUUUUGUUUACUAAAUUAAGGAAAUGUUAGUUGUGGCUAUUGUUGCAGCAGCAUUUUGAUGAGCAAUGCUGAUAAUAGACCACAAAACCAAUGGCAAUGCAACCCAGUCUGACACAGCGAAAUAAAGCCAUGUAUGUCUUGAGAUA